AUGUCUGGGCGAGAUCGGACCGAUGAAUCCGGUCUGGACCCCCAUGUCUUUGGUCAGCGGCUUCUGGUGUGGAUCUCCUCCGCUGUUGUCCUCCAGGGCCUGCUGCAGCUGCUUCUCCAGUACCUCGUUCCUGCGCUCCAGUUGGUUCACUUUGACCAGGAAGCAGCGGAAGCGCAGGAUCAGGGUCUUCAGCCAGCUGAUUCUAAUACCAGAGCUGUCAUUUUGAAUUCUAACUCUCGUUUUGUUCUUCAGGCCAAGUACGACGACAUCAAGAAGGUCGUCAAGGCCGCCGCAGAGGGCCCCAUGAAGGGAUUCCUUGGAUACACAGAGGACCAGGUUGUGUCCACAGACUUCAACAGCGACCCUCACUCCUCCAUCUUGGAUGCUGGUGCUGGCAUCGCCCUCAACGACCACUUUGUCAAGCUGGUUUCAUGGUACGACAACGAGUUCGGCUACAGCAACCGUGUCUGCGAUCUGGUCCAGCACAUGUUCACCAAGGAGUAAAGUCCUGUCUAGUCGACACUCGUUCCUUCCCAUGAUUCCCUGUUCCUUCACCUGUAACUGGAUGCUGCGUCAUCCGUCCCGGCAGCAAAUCUUCUGACCUUUUUAUAUGAUGCAGUCACCUCUGUUCUGCUCAGCGGUGAGGAUCUUUCAGAUGACGUUCCACCACUGAGCUGGAUUCUGCUGAAUGGUCACGUUGCACCAAACAUGCACAGUGGCUCCUUUGCACUUACAAAGAAAAUAAAGUCCUCAGUUUGUGAAAAGA